GUGGCUAGCUAGUAGCUACUGCUUUGUGAGUGGUGUGUGGAUAUAAAGGCAGCUCUCGAUCUCCAUUUUUAGUAUCAAAUUAAAAUUGUGAUGGGGUUAAAGGGUAAGUUGAUAGCGGCAAUAGAAUUCAAGGUCGGAGGAGAUUUGUUCCAUGAUCAUUUCAGAUACACACCCCACAAAGUUUCCACAGCUAGCCCGCAAAAACUGCAAGGAUGUGAUUUGCUUGAGGGUCAAUUUGGUCACGUUGGCUCCGUUAUGUGUUGGAGGUACACCCACGAAGGAAAAGAGAAGAAACUAAAAGACGUUAUUAAGAAAAUCGAUGAAGAGAAGAAGCUGGUUGAGUACGAGGUGUUAGAAGGGGACUUGAUGGAGCUUUACAAAGCAUUCACAAUCACAAUCCACGUGGAGACCAAGGACGACAUUGAUUUGGCCACGUGGACUCUGGAGUAUGAGAUGCUGCAUGAAGAAGAUGUGGAACAUCCCAUCUCUUUCCUCUCCUUCCUCUUGGACCUCACCAGAGACAUCGAGACUCACCACAAACUCAACCCUUGAUCGAUCUUCCAUCGACUUCAUCGGCCAAUGUUUUAGGCCAUAUUUUAAUAAAACCAUUCUAAUAAACAGAAAAUUGUCGGUUUGUAACCAGAUUUUGUGUCGGGCUUAUAUAAGACUGUACAAAACCCUUUACAAAUGGAUAGUUUUUAUUACAUUCGAGUAACGUUUGUUGUUGGAGUUCGUCUUUUGAUAAGGUUUAAUCUAGGUCAGAAGGGUGUGUAUGGCCAUGUUUAUUUCAUGGUUGGGAUCUGGAAUAAUGUAUGGACUAUCAAGUAUUAAGUAUGGUUUGAUGCUUUCAAUUUAUAUCGGAAUAAGGGAUUGCACGUCGUAUCAUACGAUAGUAUAUGUAUGAUGUAAACCUAUUAAAGUCUCAUACAGGAAAAAUGUGAAUCAACAACCUAUCAGGUUGAGAUCUGAGGUUCUCUCAUAGAAGGUCAAUAACCCGAUAGUUUAUGUUUUAGUAUAGCACUUUAUUAGUUCACAUUUUUUCGGGUGUGCGAUUUUAUCAAAACCAAAUCGAAAAACCAAAAACCAAUGAAAACUUGACCGUAAAUCGAUUUCCC